UUCACCUUAGCCAUAAGUUACAAAAACAGUUGUCAAAGACGAAAUUUGAUAUGACGUUUAUCUAAUCGUAAACAUAACCUGAAAAGUGCCAUUAGACCGCAUUUGUUUAAGGCAUAUAACAUAAAAUUUAGAUAUUUAAUUGAGUACAAAAUCGUAAAUAAAUAUAGUAAAACACUUAUCAGUAAAAUAGCAAUGUCUAAUUUAGGAGUAUGUGCUAUAAAAGAAGAAUUCAUUGUGCAAAAAUCAUCGUGUGAAUUGGGAGCUGAUUCUAAUUCAGAUUCUAAAAGAAAACUGGACGAUGACUCGAAUUUAGAUAACAGCGACACUAAGAAAAUUAAAACAGAUGAAAAAGGAGAAAAAAAUAAUUUCUUUAAGAAUAAAAAGAAAGGGCAAAAUAAAGCUAGACCAAAAACUUUUCAAGAUGUUAAUAAAGAAAAUAAGCCAUGCCCCAGUAUUAUAGACGUUGCAUCUGCCGAUCAGCUAAAAUUUUGUCAAUAUAAUAACUGCAAAUAUUUACAUGACCCAAAAGAAUAUAUUAAAUCAAAACCUAAAGACUUAGGAGAAGAAUGUCACAUAUUUAACCUUCGUGGCAAAUGCCCUCGAGGUAUAACAUGUCGCUAUGGUUCAAGUCACAUAACGAAAGAAGGUUACAACAUUGUAAAUAAUGAAAAAUUUGCAAAAUAUAAGGAAGACACCAAAAAUUCACUCCAACCACCUUUACAAAUAAACUUGCAAAAGAAAAAAUAUGAUUUUAGCCUCUCUGAAAAACUUGUGAAACAUUUAGACAAAAGAAACAAAGCUUCUAAUGAAGAUCCAGAGCAGAAUACAGCUGCCUUAGAGGAAACAAAAAUAGCACACAGUGGAAGUAUAACAGAUGAAGACUUGAUUAAGCUUUUACCACAAGAGAAGAAAACCAUUGACUGGCAUGAUAAAUUAUACCUCAGCCCUUUAACCACUGUUGGCAAUCUACCAUUCAGAAGAAUAUGCAAAGAAUAUGGAGCUGACAUUACUUGUGGCGAAAUGGCUUUGUGUGAGGCAUUGCUCAAAGGAUUAAAACAAGAAUGGGCUCUUGUGAAAAGACAUGAAUCUGAAGAUAUAUAUGGGGCCCAAAUUUGUGGCAAUAAUCCUUAUAUAAUUACUAAAGUAGCACAACUCUUAAAGGAAAAUACAGAACUAGAUUUUAUAGAUCUAAAUCUAGGCUGUCCUAUAGAUAUGAUUUACAAAAAAGGUGCAGGAAGUGGCAUGAUGCACAGACUAUCAUCUUUUGAAUCAUCUGUGAGGUGCGCCUCAAAAAUACUUGAAAUUCCAUUUACAGUAAAGAUGAGAACUGGUGUAUACCAAGAUAAGAAAAUAACUCAUACAAUUGUACCUAAAAUGACUGAUUGGGGCCCAUCCUUAAUCACAGUCCAUGGCAGAUCAAGAGAAGCAAGAUAUACUAAAUCAGCAGAUUGGGAGUAUAUUGAAACAUGUGCCAAACUAGCUGCACCCAUCCCAGUGUUUGGAAAUGGGGAUAUUUUAAGUUAUGAAGAUUAUGUUGAGAAAAGAAACAUAGCCCCAACCGUGCAAGGAGUCAUGAUUGGCAGAGGGGCAUUAAUUAAACCAUGGAUAUUUACAGAAAUCAAAGAACAGAAAAUUUGGGACAUUUCUAGUAAAGAAAGGUUUGAUAUUUUAAAAAAAUAUACAAACUAUGGCUUAGAACAUUGGGGAUCUGACACGCAAGGUGUAGAAUCAACAAGAAGGUUUUUACUGGAAUGGCUCUCUUUCUUGUAUCGCUACAUCCCAGUAGGGCUUUUGGAAAGACCACCCCAGAAAAUAAAUGAAAGACCUCCUAUGUAUUUUGGCAGAGAUGACAUGGAAACAUUAAUGGCGUCAGGUAAUUGCGCUGAUUGGAUAAAAAUAAGUGAAAUGUUAUUAGGACCUGUACCAGAUGGAUUUCAGUUCUUACCAAAGCAUAAAGCUAAUUCUUAUUCUUAAAAAUAUAAAUAUGUACAUAAUAUUGUAUAUACAUACAUAUAACUAUAAAUUAAUAAUUGUGCCUUUUUUUUUUACCAAUUAAUUAAAGAAUACCAAAUAAUUUUACGAAGUAUAUGUAUAAACCCAAAAAUAUGCUUUAUUUAUAAGGUAAAUGCACCAGUAAUGGACAAAGAACCAGUGACAGGCAAAUAAAAACUAAUCUAGAUUAAGAACGUGAACCAAUAUGAUACAGACUUUCCUUUUUAUUUUAGAAUUGAUGUCCAAAAAAAAUAACACUCCAAUAACAUUGAAGCUACUAACAAAUAUGAAUUCAAAUUUAGUUGAACACAACUUGAUCAAAAUAAAUGUUCAUAUUGUAA